GAACACCGAGCAACGCCUCUUGAUCUUCUGUUUCUGUAACUGAGUGGGGAAUCUGACAUGCGCGGGCGGGCAGACGAAGAGCUUAGCCGGCUCACGGUUCUUGCGUACGUCUGGAAAAAGCGAGAACUUUAGUUCUUGAAUAGGAUUAGCAGGAGAGGGAGGUCAAGUGAAAAGAGAUUAUGAAACCCAAUCCCUAACGUCUCCCUCCCUCGCUCUCUUUAGGGAAGGGAAAAGGGUAAACUGAGGCAAGCAGGUGGAACUCUAAAACAAAAACUGAAAACACUGAAUUACCUAUCCUCUCUUCCCAGAGGAGUCUUGGGGCUCUUGGGCUGUGCGAAACCAUCCUAGACAUCCCUCCCCACGCCCCCAGCUCCGCCCUCGGUACCCCACCCCCUUCCCAUGCGGGUAGGAGGAGGAGACGCAACUUCUGGAGCAGGCGGCGACGGCUAGCAAUUAGCACCUCUAGCAAGUGCCAGAGCCCGGCGGGCAGCGCAGAGGCUGCGGUGCCAGUGGCCGCGGAGCUAGCCCUGCAGGGUCUCGGGGGGGAGGGGGAGCCGUAAAGCCCCCGCUGAGGCCGCCGCUGCCGGGCCUCCCCUCCCCCCCACCCCCGGGCAGGAGCCAUGCGGGGGGGCGCAGGUGACGCGGAGCGGCAGCAACGCUGGGGUCGUCUAUUCGAGGAGCUGGACAGUAACAAGGAUGGCCGCGUGGACGUGCACGAGUUGCGCCAGGGACUGGCCAGGCUGGGCGGGGGCGACCCAGACCGUGGCGCCCAACAGGGCAUCUCCCCUGAGGGUGACACUGAUCCAGAGAGCGGGUUCAACCUGGAGGAAUUCACCCGUUACCUGCAGGAGCGGGAACAGCGCCUGCUGCUCAUGUUCCACAGCCUUGACCGGAACCAGGACGGUCACAUUGAUGUCUCUGAGAUUCAGCAGAGUUUUCGAGCUCUGGGCAUUUCCAUCUCACUGGAGCAGGCAGAGAAAAUCCUACACAGCAUGGACCGUGACGGCACCAUGACCAUCGACUGGCAGGAAUGGCGUGACCACUUUCUGUUGCAUUCUCUGGAAAACGUGGAGGACGUGCUCUAUUUCUGGAAGCAUUCCACGGUUCUGGACAUUGGCGAAUGCCUGACAGUGCCAGAUGAGUUCUCAAAGCAGGAGAAGCUGACGGGCAUGUGGUGGAAGCAGCUGGUGGCUGGUGCAGUGGCAGGCGCUGUGUCGCGGACAGGCACAGCUCCUCUGGACCGCCUCAAGGUCUUCAUGCAGGUUCAUGCCUCAAAGACCAACAGACUGAACAUCCUUGGGGGUCUACGGAGCAUGAUCCAAGAGGGGGGCAUCCUCUCCCUGUGGCGUGGUAAUGGUAUCAAUGUACUCAAGAUCGCCCCUGAGUCAGCCAUCAAGUUCAUGGCCUAUGAGCAGAUCAAGCACGCCAUCCGGGGACGGCAGGAGACACUGCAGGUGCAGGAGCGCUUCGUGGCUGGCUCCCUGGCUGGUGCCACAGCCCAGACCAUCAUCUACCCCAUGGAGGUGCUGAAAACACGGCUGACCCUGCGCCGGACUGGUCAGUACAAGGGACUGCUGGACUGUGCACUGCGGAUCCUGGAGCAAGAAGGGCCCCGCGCCUUCUACCGAGGCUACCUGCCCAAUGUGUUGGGCAUCAUUCCCUACGCGGGCAUCGAUCUGGCCGUCUAUGAGACCCUGAAGAACCACUGGCUCCAGCAAUAUAGCCAGGAAUCGGCAAACCCAGGGAUCCUCGUGCUCCUGGCCUGCGGUACCAUCUCCAGCACCUGUGGCCAGAUAGCCAGUUACCCCCUGGCCCUGGUCCGGACCCGCAUGCAGGCCCAAGCCUCCAUCGAGGGCUCCCCGCAGCUCUCCAUGAUGAGUCUGCUCCGCCACAUCCUGUCCCAGGAGGGAGUGUGGGGCCUCUACCGGGGCAUUGCCCCCAACUUCAUGAAGGUCAUUCCAGCUGUGAGCAUCUCCUAUGUGGUCUACGAGAACAUGAAGCAGGCCCUGGGGGUCACGUCCAGACCCCUAGAUCCUGCAUUCCUACGCUCCAAAAGUGGAUCCUAUGUUUCCCUGCCCCACCCACUGGGUCCUGGACCUCCACGUCUGAAAUCACUAGAUCCCCCACAACGUGGUGAAUGGAUCCCAAUCCCCAGCCACAGGAAUGUACAUCCCUAUACCUCAUCACCCUGACCCCAGCUCCCUCAGGUACCAGAUCCAGUGUCCUUGUGUAGCACUGGGUCCCAGAUCCCCAACCCCACUGGCGAAUCACAGAUCGCCAUGCCUCAAGCCCCGUCUCCAAGCUCAGCCGCUGGAUUCUGGAUGUCAAGAAACCUCAGCCACCGGAUCCUGACAGUGCAAUGCCUGGAUCCUGGGCCCCCCCCCCCCCCACUGGAUCCAGAUCCCCUGACCCCAGCCACUGGAUUCUGAUUCCUUUACCUUGACACUGAGUCCCAGAUCCUUCUGCUUCGACGGCUGGACCCCUACAUUUCAAGCACUGUGCCCUCUGGCCCUUACCACUGGAUCUUGGAUUCCCAAGUCCCAACCCACUGGAUUCUGGCUCCUAAAACCACAAAUGUGGGCACAACAGCACAGCAAGCGGGUCCUGGCAGGUGCAGCUGCUGGAGUCCAGAUUUCAGACAGUCCCCACACCCAGUCCUGCCAGCACUGGAUCCCACGCCUGGACCCUUACCUCCCAAAUGCUCAGACCCCCAGUCUAGAUCCCAAAAGGCCAAUCACCGCACCGUGAUCCCACAUGUCCCCAUCCCAGAGACACACUGCAGCUUACCAUGGCUCAGGAUCACACAGACCAGGGAGACCUGGGGAGGCCCAGCUGCCAGCUCCAGAGAACCCAGGGGCUCUUUCCCAUGUCUUCAUGUAGCUCAUGGCCAGGCGGCAAGAGAGGAGAUGUGUCUCCUGUGACUGCAUGGAUGCUUGACCCCCCACCCAGCAUGGACACCCCUCUUGGCCCUGUGGGGCUAUUGCUCCCUCAGACCACCCCACCCCCACCCUGCAG